CCAACGGUGUCAAAAGAAGAAAAAUCGUCGCGAGGAAAGAAAACGCGGAGAGAGAUAAAAGAAACCGCGCGAGAGGAAAUAAACUACACCCGUCAGAGGGAAAACAAAAGAGGGCGCGAGAGGAAAAACGGACAUUUGGUGAUGGAUGGGAGUAAAUGCUUAAACAACGUUACUGAUGACUUGGAUAUCAUAGAUUACCUCUGACAGCAUCUCUGUGUGUGUGUGUUUGUUUGUAUGUAUAUGUGUAUGUAUGUGCGUAUGUAUCAUGUAUGUGUGUGUGCGUAUGUGUGUGCACGUGUGUGUGUAUGUGCGUGUGUACAAUGUAUUUCGUGACUAGUGAUUAUGACCGGCCGUGCAUGAUGAGUGCUUGUGUACAGUGUGUUCAUUUGAACGCAUAAGUAAAAUUGUUAAACAGAAUCGCUACCCCAGCAUUGCACAUGUACAUUUGCCAGUCUAAGUAUACUAUGUAGACAUCACUUCAUUCAAUAGAAUUGUAUUCAUAUCGAAUAUACAAUAAUUUUCUCUAAUCAUUUGACAGAAAGUUAUUACCGAGAGUCUUGUCAUAUAUGCAUAUAAGGUACUUGCUCUUGCUCUCUUUCCUCCACACACACACACACACACACACACACACACACACACACACACACACACACACACACACUACAAACAAACAAACACGCAUACACUCAACAACAAUGGCGAUGGCAUGCUCUCACAUAAAGUGAUCUUGCCACGAUUUUCUCUCCCGUAAAGCAUCCAUUCUCCCAAGCACCGUUACACGAUAUUUCCUCUCCCACAAAGUAUUUUCUCUCGCGCUAGAUAUUUUCUGUAGGGGAGAAAAUAUCUUGCGCAAGAUAAAAUAUUUUGCGGGAUGGAAAAUAUCUUACGUGAGAGAUAAUACUUUGCGGGAAAGUAAUAUCUUGCGAGAGGGAAAAUAUCUUUCGCGAGAGAAAAUAUUUUGCAGAAGAGAGUAGAGAUCUUACGCGAGAGAUGAUACUUUGCGCGAGGGAAAAUAUCUUGCGUGAGAGAAAAUACCUUGCGGGAGAAAACAAAUCUUAUGUGAGAGAAAACACCGACUAUUUUGCAGACAGUCGUCUAAGCCUACACAAACACCAUUAAAGAACUGUGUAUCUGGAUGAUUAAGAAGUAUAGCAAAGUGUGAUCUUGAUGUGGGUAAAAUGGUGCUUUAACAUUUGAAGGAUAAUGCAUGAAACACAGUUCCAUGUGUCUAGUAUGUUAUAGAUAUGCAUCGCAUCAUACAUCGCAAAUCAUGAUUGUUGCGGUUACAACUGAGCAAGAAAGUCCAGCCUUUCCUCAGCCGGGAAUGAAUGAGAAUUUAAAUCAACAGAUGUUGUCCUAAACGUCUACAGGUGCCUUAUUACGAUUGGCAUGUCAAUAGGGCAAACAAGUCUUAUUGAAUGGGGCAUCCUGCCAAAAGGCUGGACCUAUUUCGAUAAUAAAUAGUACGUGUGUUUUAAUAUGGCUCGCAAUUAAAUUAUCACCUAACUUUACCCACCACAGGCAUUGAUUUUACAACAACAACAUUUUAUUCAUGUCAUUAUGAUAAUGCAGUUUCAUCUCGCUCACGUUCUUCUUUCGCCUGACGUGCCUGAUUAUUAUUCCUAUCCCCCUGGCGUUUAUUUCCUCCCGCCCAGGAUUUGUCCUCGCUCGCAGCAAGUCAGCCAGCGCGAGCGAGAAGUAAAAACACCACAUGCAAACGCGAGAAAUUACUUUACCGAAAUCAAGACCCAGAAGUAAGAUAGACCUCACACUCGCAUUGUAUAUUUUAGGAUUUGUAUUCAGUACAAACAAACGUUUUUCUUCCCAGUUUGCACCCAUCGAUCCCUUUUCGCGGCGUUGUCUUUCGCGUGUGCCUGUGAUUUUGUUUCCUCUCUCUCGGCGGAAACGAUGAUGAUGAUUUUACAUCUCUCUCGGCGAAAACGAUGAUGAUGAUUUUACAUCUCUCUCGGCGAAAACGAUGAUGAUGAUUUGCGAGCGAGGAAAAAAACCGCAUGCAAGCGCGAGAGAACAAAUCACCGCGGGGGAAAGAAAAUCGCAUGCAAACGCAAAGAAAAACAACAUCGUCAUCGCACUGCCCUGACCGUGACGUCAUCACCAUCACCCGAAAAACCCGGAUGUAAACAGACCAGAAGGACUCGUGCACCUGGCCAGCUACAACUGCAAGGCUUCAGGUGCUGCAUGGCAUCCUCCAGGACUACUCCACUUUCUUGAGUAGUGGUAAGUUUCCAGGCGGCUCCCAGCUUACUUGGGUGUUCCUGAGAGCGGCUGGAGUGUGAGCUAGAGAAGAGACGAGAGGUGAAGCUGCACUGGGUGGCUACCAGGCAGGCUUCAAGGGUCACCGGGCCAAAGUUUGAGGGCAGUCGUCGAGCGUACCACCAGCUGCAGAAGCUGCGUGAGGAGAAACGACUGAAGGAAGCAGCACACAGAGUUGCAGCUGCCGAGGAGAAGACUGAGGUGUUCCUGAGAGCGGCUGGAGUGUGAGCUAGAGAAGAGACGAGAGGUGAAGCUGCACUGGGUGGCUACCAGGCAGAGUUCAAGGCUCACCGGGCCAAAGUUUGAGGGCAGUCGUCGAGCGUACCACCAGCUGCAGAAGCUGUGUGAGGAGAAACGACUGAAGGAAGCAGCACACAGAGUUGCAGCUGCCGAGGAGAAGAGGUGUUCCUGAGAGCGGCUGGAGUGUGAGCUAGAGAAGAGACGAGAGGUGAAGCUGCACUGGGUGGCUACCAGGCAGAGUUUAGGGUCACCAGGCUGCAGAAGUCGGAGAGCAGUCGUCGAUCACGCCACCGGCUGCAGAAGCUGCGUGGGAAGACACGACUGAAGGAAGCAGCACACACAGCAGCACCUGCCAAGGAGGAGAAGAGGUGUUCCUGAGAGCGGCUGGAGUUGAGCUAGAGAAGAGACGAGAGGUGAAGCUGCACUGGGUGGCUACCAGGCAGGGUUCAAGGCUCACCGGGCCAAAGUUUGAGGGCAGUCGUCGAGCGUACCACCAGCUGUAGAAGCUGUGUGAGGAGAAACGACUGAAGGAAGCAGCACACAGAGUUGCAGCUGCCGAGGAGAAGAAGAGGUGUUCCUGAGAGCGGCUGGAGUUGAGCUAGAGAAGAGACGAGAGGUGAAGCUGCACUGGGUGGCUACCAGGCAGGGUUCAAGGCUCACCGGGCCAAAGUUUGAGGGCAGUCGUCGAGCGUACCACCAGCUGCAGAAGCUGUGUGAGGAGAAACGACUGAAGGAAGCAGCAGACAGAGUUGCAGCUGCCGAGGAGAAGAGGUGUUCCUGAGAGCGGCUGGAGUGUGAGCUAGAGAAGAGACGAGAGGUGAAGCUGCACUGGGUGGCUACCAGGCAGGGUUCAAGGCUCACCGGGCCAAAGUUUGAUGGCAGUCGUCGAGCGUACCACCAGCUGCAGAAGCUGCGUGAGGAGAAACGACUGAAGGAAGCAGCACACAGAGUUGCAGCUGCCGAGGAGAAGAGGUGUUCCUGAGAGCGGCUGGAGUUGAGCUAGAGAAUAGACGAGAGGUGAAGCUGCACUGGGUGGCUACCAGGCAGGGUUCAAGGCUCACCGGGCCAAAGUUUGAGGGCAGUCGUCGAGCGUACCACCAGCUGCAGAAGCUGCGUGAGGAGAAACGACUGAAGGAAGCAGCACACACAGUUGCAGCUGCAGAGGAGAAGCAGAGGUGUUCCUGAGAGCGGCUGGAGUGUGAGGGAGGAUGUCUUCUUACACCUGCAACCUGACUUGAGUGACAUCCCAGUAUCCCCUCAACCACAAGAGGUUACGAGGAUACUACAAGAUCUCCCGCCACUACAAGUGGGCCUUCAACCAAAUCUUCAACAGGCUUGGAUAUGGAAGUGUUUUAAUAGUAAAAGAUAAUCUAGACAUAGCUCCUGACUUCUUUGACUACUUCCUGAGUACACUCCCACUCUUACAACAGGACUCUUCUCUCUGGUGCGUGUCUGCCUGGAACGACAACAGCAAGGAACACAUGACAGACAAGACCUGCUGUACAGAACAGACUUCUUCCCUGGGCUGGGCUAGAUGAUGCUGAAGAACCUCUGGGAUGAGCUGGAACCCAAGUGGCCAGCCAGUUUCUGGUAGGACUGAAUGAGGCACCCCCGAUCAGCGUAAGGACCGUUCCUGUAUACGCUCGGAAAUCUGCAGGACCAGUACACUCGGCAGGUGGGGUUAGCAAGUUGUACCUACAGACAGUAGACAGGAGGCCAGUGUAGAUCUGCUGACCAGGCUCUUCCUGGUGCUGUUGGAAGUCGGUCUUGCCUGCCCUUCUCCAUCAAAACCUUCCAGACUGAAGUGAAAAGAUGGAGUUCAGAGGUGAGACCCAUGCAAGAGCAUUACCUACUGAUAGAGAGAUGUGCAACUUUGUGGAGGUCAUUAAUGGCCUUAUUGCAGAAUGUCAAGCCAAACAAGGCACACAAAGUAGCCAUGAGAUCAGUUAUGUCUUAUGCAGACUGGAGUCAGCAAUCAGAAAUCUUGCACUGAUCAGUUCCAUCGUAUUGUCUGCCAUGAGAGAACCUUCUCCCUACCGUCUUGGAUACCUGAAACAAGUACUUUCGGCCUGCAGUAAUCUACAGGAUGAUUUAGAACAGACACAUUCAUUCUAUGCCAAGAAAGCAGAAGAGGUGGACUCGUAUAGGUAUCGAGUUUCUCUGGAGCACAGCAGCAUGGGAAGGCCGCGAAAGCACAUAACAGAAGAACAGGUAUCAUACCUGCGUGAACUCGGAUUCACCUGGCUGAAAAUUGCCGAACUGUUAGGUGUUUCCUUUAGCACGUUGAAGAGGAGACAGAGAGAGUUUGACUUGGGGGGGAAAAAUUAUACAGAAAUCACAAAUGAGGAACUGGACAUGGCAGUGAUUGGCCUAAAAAGAUUGUUGCCAAAUCAUGGGGAAAAUUAUCUUUGGGGUACAUUAAAAUCCCAGGGAAUAUAUGUGUCAAGGCAGAGACUCCGUGACUCUAUUCACAGAGUGGAUCCUAUCAAUACUGCCCUGCGGUGGUUUCUCACCACAUCCCGUAGAACAUAUCAUGUCCCAUGCCCGAAUGCCUUGUGGCACAUUGACAGUCAUAUGAAACUGAUUAGAUGGGGGUUUGUGUUUCAGGGGGGGAUUGAUGGUUUUUCCAGGACUAUUGUGUACCUUGUAUGUAAUACUAAUAAUAGGGCUGCAACAGUGUACAAGGCUUUUCGUUUGGCAGUCGCCCAGUGGGGUGUUCCAGCCCGGGUGAGGUCAGACUAUGGUAUGGAAAAUACCAAAGUAGCCUUGUAUAUGCUGAUUAAGAGAGGGGUUGAGAAAAAUCCCUUCUUGACUGGGAAAUCUACACAUAACCAGAGAAUCGAACGUCUUUGGCGCGAAGUGCAUCGGUGCAUAGUGGAGGUCUGGCGUUCUCUCUUCCACUCCAUGGAGUCCGAGGGAAUGCUAGACCCAUCCAAUCCCCUGCACCUGUUCUGUCUGCACUUUGUGUUUUGCCCCCGUAUAAACAUAACUGUUGAUGCGUUUGUUGAUGGAUUUAAUUCGCAUAAAGUCAGGACAGCCCACAACUUAUCUCCACGUCAGUUGUGGGUGGAAGGUAUCAUGAGACUAUGGCACUCGGGGAGGUCAGCCAUCAAGAACAUUUUGGAAGAACAAAUUGAUGAACAGACUUAUGGCAUUGAUUGGGAAGGGCCUGUGCCUGAACUGCAGGUUCACAACAAUGUUGAUGUGCCCAGAGGUCUGGAUGUAUCAGGAGAGCAACAGAGGGCACUGAGAGCACGCAUUGAUCCUUUGGAUUUUGUUGAUAUUUAUGACACUUCACAAUACCUACAGGCUCUAUACAUCAUGUCUCACAUGGUGCAAUAAUUGUAGAGACUGGGCAUGGUAUUUCCAAAGAGGAUAACUCAAGAAAGGAACAAUAGAUUUUAAUGAUUUUUGGUAUGUAGGUACCUUAGACAAUGU